AAACUCAAUACGGCUUCCUUUAUUUUCCUUUUCUACUUCUAAUUUUUCAGUAUUACUCAUUUAUUUAUGAACAUGGAUAAAAGAUAUUCACAUCACUAUAUAUUAUUAUGUGAACAAAUUAAAACACUCUAAAUAAAAGCAUAGCAAAAGCAUUCCAUUUCCAUGGGAGGUGCCCAACCAACUUCCGAAGAGGUUCAUGACGGCAAACCUCCUCCUCUGGCCACCGCCGAAAAGGAACUAGACGCCGGUGCACAAUUUGUUCUCAAAUCCAGAGGAUCGUGGAUACACUGCGGGUACCAUUUGUCGACGUCAAUCGUAGCUCCGGCGUUGUUGAGCCUUCCCUUUGCAUUUGGUUCAUUGGGAUGGACGGCUGGGAUUUUAUGUCUGCUGAUCGGAGCGCUGGUGACAUUCUACUCAUAUAACUUGCUCUCUCUGGUGCUGGAACACACUGCUCAAUUGGGGCACCGCCACCUCCGGUUUCGCGAUAUGGCCAAUCACACAUUAGGAGCAAGGUGGGGCAAAUAUUAUGUUGGACCAAUUCAAUUCCUGGUGUGCUAUGGUGCUGUAGUUGGGUGUACGCUUUUGGGAGGACAGUGCAUCAAGGCUAUAUACUUGCUGUCAAAUCCCGAAGGAAACAUGAAACUCUAUGAAUUUGUGAUAAUAUUUGGUGGGCUAAUGCUAAUAUUAGCUCAAAUCCCAUCUUUUCAUUCGUUGAGACAUAUCAACUUGGUUUCUUUGGUACUAUCCCUCACCUACAGUGCAUGCGCUACUGCUGGUUCUGUAUAUAUUGGGACCUCAUCCAAGGGACCAAGAAAAGAUUACUCUUUAAACGGAGACCACCAAACUCGAAUUUUUGGUAUCUUCAAUGCAAUGGCCAUUAUCGCAACCACUUAUGGCAAUGGGAUCAUCCCAGAGAUACAGGCGACACUAGCGCCUCCGGUGAAGGGGAAGAUGUUCAAGGGGCUAUGCAUUUGCUAUGCAGUUGUACUCACAACUUUCUUCAGUGUUUCCAUUUCUGGAUAUUGGGCAUUUGGAAACCUAGCUCAAGGCCUAGUUCUCAACAACUUCUUAGAAGACGGCAAACCGCUCUUGCCCAAAUGGUUCAUUUUGAUGACCAAUGCCAUCACGAUUCUGCAGUUAUCAGCUGUUGCCGUGUACUUGCAACCAACAAACGAGAUUCUUGAACGAACAUUUGCAGAUGCCAAGAAGGGGGAGUUCUCUGCACGCAACGUGGUUCCGAGGCUGAUCUCGAGGUCGCUCUCCGUAGCUGUGGCAACCACCAUCGCUGCAAUGCUCCCGUUUUUUGGGGACAUCAACGCACUCAUUGGGGCAUUUGGAUUCAUGCCUCUUGACUUUGUGCUUCCUUUUGUGUUGUUCAACGCAACGUUCAAACCAUCAAAAAGGGGGCUUACCUUUUGGGUGAAUACUUCCAUUGCUGUGGUGUUCUCAGUAAUAGGGGUUGUAGCGGCAGUGGCAGCAGUGAGGCAGAUCAUUCUCGAUGCCAAAACAUACCGAUUGUUUGCCAAUGUAUGAUCACAUGUAUUCUAACUUGUAUGUUAUAUACAUAGUAGUUAGUUGUUAUCAAUUAUUGCUA